AUGGAGGUCCUGUUUGCUGGUAUUCGAAUUAGUUUUGCUUUUCCGGGUUCCUCCUCUUUCAAACUUUCGUCAUUAGAAUCUUGCUUCCAAUCCAAUUGUGCCGAAUAUCUGAGUAGUAACAAGUGUUUAAAAAAUUACAACAUUGGCGUCAGAAGUAAGAUUUUCGAAAGAUGGAAAUUUGUUUCUAUGUCGGCACAAGAAAAACUCAAUACAACUAAUUUGAUGAAGAAACUACAAAAACGUAACCUCUGCUCAAAAAGAGCGAAGGCAGUUUUGAUAAACCGCCUAAGGGUUGCUCGAAUAAACAAAGGUAACAAACCUGAUGAGUUUGACUUUCUGUAUUUUAUGGAAGAACUGAAACAACAGUAUGCCAAUGUUGUAAAAACAGAACAUCACUGCACUUCCAGCUCCAUUUAUUCCUCCGAACAUUCACCUGGCAGCAAGGGCAUCGUCAACAUCUGCUCAGGAUUCAAACUAAUCAACCAAACAGCUGUAUAA